CCAGCCGCCAUUAGACAGAAAAUAUUUUUUACGCGACCCAGAGGCGUAAACGAUUCCGCUGAUUCCGGUCGGAAAUCCGGAUUGUACGGUGGUUAGAUAUUUCUCACCGCGAAGUUUACAGGUUGUUGUUGAGGAUCGCGCAGAAAUUUGAGUGAAGGAUUCGAUCGAUUCCGUCGCGGCAGGAUGGGCAAGUCGAAGAAAAAGUACGAGAGCAGCUCCAGCUCGAGCUCGUCGGAUGCCUCGGAAUCGUCGGACAGUUCGAGCUCGGAGGACGUGGAGGUGAAGCGGCGCAGCCGGAAGAGUAAGAAAAGUGGGGGCGGCGGCGGUGGCCGCAAGCACAAGAAGAAGCACGUCAGUUCCGGCUCGGACGGGGACUCCGGGAGUGAUGGGGAGGAGGAGUCGUCCUCGGCGAAGAAGAAGCACAAGAAACAUAAGAAGGUGAAGAAGGUGAAGAAACACAAGAAGCAUAAGAGCCGGGCGGAUUCCGACGACGAGAAGCGGGUUGAGAUCGUGGAGGAGGACGAGAUGGAAGUGGUGGAGGAGGUGGUGGCCAGGAGGCACCGUACGACCUCGUCGGAUGAUUACGUCAAGGCGCGACACUACGAGUCGUCGAUUCAUUCGCGGGAUUCGCGGAGGGAACCGGUUCCGAAGCAUCCCUCGUCAAAGUGGGACAGCCCGGCGGACGGCGGGGACUAUCGGGGGCACCGGAAGCGGUCACCUUCACCGCGCGUUCCCCAGUACGAUGAGUACCGGGGUAAGGCCCCGCGGUCUCCGCCUCCUCCGGUGCGUGGUUCUCCUGCCCGCGGGACAUCUUCCCGCCGGGGGGCCGAUGACUAUCAGCGGGGCAAGUCGUUGCAUCAGGGAAGGGGGCCGGAGCGGGAGCCGCGUGCCGGAGGUCCUCGCGGAUACGGGGACGAGCGUCGGCCGGUUUCACCGCCGAUGCCACCGCAGGAACGCAGCUGGGACAGACGAGGUGGAGAUCGGUUCGAGGAGGAGCGCAACUUCCGCAAGCCAUCGCCCGGUCAGGCAAGGAGAGGUGGACGGUUCGAGCAGCAUGACGAAAGGGGUGGUGGCUUCGACGGUGGUCGUCACGGGUCGUCGGGAUAUCAACAUCGGGGAGGCGGCGGCGAUCGGUACGAAGAGUUUUCCGGCCGGGAUCGCGCCCACCGGGAUCACCGUUCCUCGCGGGGCAGCCAUCGGGAAGAGUACCACCACCAGGAAGAGCGCGGCGCAGCUCCUCGCCGUCGGAACUCACCUCCAAUGGGCGGCGGCGGACGAGGAAGUCCCCCGGCGCCGCCACCCUCCCGGGAUCGUCGCGAGCGCAGUCCCCUGCACGGCCAUCACGAGCCACCGCCAAGCCAUCACGGGCAUGACUUCCGUUCCGGCUACCGGGGUGGCGACCGGUACGACGGUGGACCACCUCCGGCCUGGAUGGAUCGCGGUGGCGGAGGCCGCUUCAACCGCGGACGUGGCGGCCCGUUCCGGGGCGGUCGCGGCGGCAUGGAGCGCGGCGGUCGUCGGAACUUCCCCGAUGACCAGGGUGGUGGAUUCGACCGUGAAAUGGACUCCUACCGGAAGCCGACGGGACCGAACUGGGAGGGUGGCGAGCGUAGAGAGCGAGGCGGUCCUCGGUCACCGCGUGGACGGUCCCCGUCGAGGUCGAAGUCGCGCGAGCGGAACGGAAAUCGAAGUCGUGGAGGGCGGAUUAGUUCGCCGGCACCGCCGGUGAAGGUGGAACGCAGUCGUAGCGGGGAGGCUCCGCUGGCGCAGCGUCGGGGCAAGUUUCCGCGGAAGGAGGAAAAGGAGGACGACGGAGCGGAUUACGAGUGGGGCGGUGGCAAGCGGAAGCAGCCCAAGCGCGAACCGGGUCGCGGCGGCGAAAGCGAAGAGUCCGACAACAACAAGGACAAGGAGGAGGAGGAACCGGUCGAGAAGGAAAAGCCCAACUUUGCCCUGUCCGGCAAGCUCACCGAGGAGGUCAACAAGGUCAAUGGGGUCGUCAUAAAGUACGCCGAACCGGCCGAAUCGCGCAAACCGAAGCGCCGCUGGCGUCUGUACCCGUUCAAGGGCGAGCAGGCCCUUCCGACGCUGUACAUCCACCGGCAGAGCUGCUACCUGAUUGGGCGCGACCGGAAGGUGUGCGAUCUGCCGAUUGACCAUCCUUCCUGUUCGAAGCAGCACGCCGCGUUGCAGUACCGGCUGGUGCCGUACGAGCGCGAAGACGGAACGAGCGGGAAGCGCGUCCGGCCGUACAUUAUCGACCUGGAGUCGGCCAACGGGACGUUCGUGAACAACAAGAAGGUCGACACCAAGAAGUACAUCGAGCUGCUCGAGAAGGACGUGCUCAAGUUUGGGUUCAGCUCGCGCGAGUACGUCCUGCUGCAUGAGAACAGCAAGGAGGACGAGGAAGAUGACGACGUGGUCGAGGACAAACCUCCGGCACCGGCUGGGGGAGGAGCUAGCAACGGUGGAGCGAGGGGCAAGCGCGAUCAAAGCGAGUAGGACAGAUUGUCGACAUAGAGGAUAAGCAGCAAAACAAGUAGCAACAUACUGAAUUGUAGAAAUUAUGACUCCCACAACAUCUGAAUGUAACCAGCACGAGAGAGAGAUUGUGCAGCGAACAACUGAAGCAUCGUGACAACUACAAAACCCCCAAAAUGUUUUAACCAACUCAAAACUCACUGAAUAUCUGAAGUUUAAAAUAAAGUAUCGUAACCAACAACCACAAAAACCAAACCGUCCAAGGCGUCGUUCAAGCUGUUUUCACCUCUGGGGAAGAAGGAGGAGGAGGAGGAGGAGCGCAACCAAUCAAAACGCCGUCGAAACCGAUCUGUGAUAACCCGAAACCGUCCCGUAGUUUGUGGUUGCGUCCCCACCCAAGGAUUCGCUUUCCCUUCUCCUAGAUUGCAGUGCUGUUUUGUUCGUGGAGCAGAAGAAG